AUGGCACCAUCAACAAAAUCCGCCAAGGGCAAGCAGGCAAAGGUUACGAAGAAGUUCAUCAUCAACGCUUCGCAACCCGCUAGCGACAAGAUCUUCGACGUCUCCGCCUUCGAGAAGUUCCUCCAAGAUAAGAUUAAGGUUGAUGGCCGUGUCGGAAACCUCGGUGAUAUCGUUGAGAUCAAGCAAGUUGGCGAUGGAAAGAUUGAGGUCACUGCACACACUCAAUUCUCUGGUCGUUACCUCAAGUACUUGACAAAGAAAUUCCUCAAGAAGCAACAACUCAGAGAUUGGCUCCGUGUUGUCUCCACCUCUAAGGGUGUUUAUGAGCUCCGAUUCUUCAACGUUGUCAAUGAUGCGGAUGAGGAGGAUGAUGAGUAA